GGUUGGUAUCUUGGUGCCUCUUUCAUCGUCGAUCUCUUCUCGUUUCUCUCUAAUCUCUCGCUGCGUGUAGCCCUUGGCUAGAGACUGGGUUUCCGAUGGAGGCGUCAUCUUCUCGGUCAUCGGAAUCUUCAGAAGAAACUGCUUCCAAGUUCCUUUCCGACCUUCCAUCUCGCGGUUUCUUGUCUUCUACCGUCGUCCCCUCCAACCCGGGAAGCUUGCGGGUCUACGUAUGUGAGCAUGACACUUCUCCCCCUGAAGGACAGCUUAUCAAGACAAACCAGCAAAACAUACUAAUCAGAUCUCUCUUGCUAAAGAAGCAAAAAGGAGAUUCUAGUUCUAAAGGAACUCCUGAAGAUGGUCCUAAAAAGAGGGCUGCUAAUAAGGCUCUGGACGACAGGAGCUCAGCUAAAAGACCUGCUACUGUAUCUAGACAAGGAUCAAGCAGUCGUUCAGGAGAAAAUGACUUGCAGUCAUUGACUGUGGAGAAGCUCCGUGCCCUUCUCAAGGAGAAAGGCCUUCCAACUAAAGGAAGAAAGGAUGAGCUCAUUGCACGUCUGAAGAGUGCCAACUGAAGAUUGAAAGACGCUAAGAUGAAUGUAUGUAUCUUUAGAGGUUUCGAAUAUUCAAAAAAAGUAAUGGCAAGUAUGGUUGUUCUUGAUCGAUACAGAUCCUUUUGAUCUCUUCUGGUGUACUGGUUAUCGAGAUGAUAAAUUAUGAAUCUGGUUUUGGUUUUGAGAUCUUUCAUCAAAGAAUUAGUGAGCUUGUAACAUGUAAGCUCA